AUGACUUCGACGCAUAUUGACCCACCCCAACCCGCUGUAGUUGCUCCUGCGGACUCCAAUUUCGAUCCCAUAGCAUCAGCCAACCCUCCCGACUCUCCAGCUGACUCGAGCUUUUCCGACGCGUACAAAGAGGAGACGAAUGGAGAAGAUGGAAAACAAGACGGGAUGGUCAAUCAAGACACCGUCAGCGAUGACUAUGCGAUGACCUUUGAUACCGAUGGGGAAGAACACUCAGAUAGUCAGGAAUUGUCGCAGAGGAGUGGGGAGCAAGAGAGCAAGCCUUUACCUGUUUCUGUAUCAGUCUCCUCUACUGUUUCUCCCGACGUUCCCAUCGACACGCCGCAGCUUGGCCCAGACGCCGGAGCUCCCCAGUCCCACUCCAUCCCCACCCAUAUGCCAGCUGUUGAUGCCACAGCUCCCAAUUCUUCUGAAAAUACUGCUGCCCAGACUCGAAUUGAGACGACCAAACCCACCGUCCCUAUCUAUGAGGAGAUUUCAAAUGGCGAAAUAGACAUUCAGCAAUUGUUGGACAACAUCACUGCGAAUGCCGAGAAGAAUGAAGCGGCUUCUGCUCUCAACACCCCUCCAUCUGCCAAUCCUAGCAAUGUCUCCCUCCCCAAAGUUGGCACCGGCCUCCCUGCUCAUGCCAGCCUUCCACCACGCCCACAGCUUCCACGUCCAAACUACCACGAUGACAUAUCCAAGUAUCAUGCAGGAGCUGCAUCCUUCUCCCAACCGCACAAUACGUAUAAACCACCUCCCGGCGUAAACGUCCCUCUUGUUGCUGCUGGUGCUCCAGGCACAUACACUGAUCCCAGAAAUGGACUGCCCCCUCCUCCCACCGUCUCCUUCCGUCAGCCUCCCCCAUCUACUGGCAGCCCUGUCAGCCCAGGCGCAUACCCACAGACAUCUCGAUUACCCGGGCAGGAUGGGUCGACCAGGUCUGACUUAUCUGGGGAUGUUAGUGAUGCCGAUGCGCGAUGGGGACCUGAGAUUCAGAAGCUAUACGACGAGUUUCUGGCCGAGGAGCGAACCUACGUAACAGAGGGACAGUGGGAUCGAUUCCCUGUUGGUUCGCGAUUGUUCAUAGGAAAUCUUCCAUCGGACAAAGUUACUAAACGAGAUAUCUUCCACGUCUUCUACAAAUAUGGUCGUCUUGCUCAGGUUGCAAUCAAACAAGCAUACGGUUUUGUUCAAUUUCAUGACAGCGCUGCAUGCUAUACUGCUUUAGCUCGUGAACAGGGCGCAGAAGUAAGAGGACGCAGAAUGCAUCUCGAAAUAUCAAAACCACAAAAGAAUACCCGGAACGCGCAAUCUACGGCGGCUGGAAGAUCGCGCUCUCCAGAUUAUACUAGGGGAGGGACAGGAGGUAAUCGGCAGGGGCAGCCUGGUCGGGGUCAUGAUCGCUACGAUUCUCGCUCCAACGCACCUGUCCGAGAUGAAUAUGGCAGGAUAUUGAGAGGGCGUGAUGAUUACCGACCUGGAAGAUCGCCCUCGCCAGUCCGGGGCAAUUUCCGUGGCCGGGACGACUAUGGAAUUCGCGGAGGCCGAGAUUCUUAUGAUGGACGUGACAGGCGUCGCAGUCGCAGUCGAUCGCGGUCACCAUACAGCCAACGGGAUAAUAGAUAUCGGGAGAGACCUUCGAACGGGAGACGACGUGAGGCGAGCGAGGAUGCGGAGCUUCAGAUACCUCGGCGAGAACCCCCCAAUGUCCCCGAUGUUCAGAUUAUUCUUAUGGACCAAUUGGAUCGAGGAUUUGUCAAUUGGGUCGAAGGCGAGUUAGCGGCUCGUGGUCUGAAGGUUGAGAUCAUGUUCCUCAGUUCACGAUUACCUCUGGAGACAGUCAUCCGAAGACAGAUCCUUGAAGGUGUCCAUGCCGUUUCGCAGCUGGAUAUGAGAGCACAGAACAGCAGCAAGAUCUCACUCCAAGUAUUCGAUCGUCAAGGUACCGACAAUGUCAGAUUUGAUGAGUAUCAAGACCUAGAGCCCAAGAUUGCUGCUGAGCUUGUUCUCCGUGCAAAGAAUGCUUCGGCUUCUGCGCAAGCACAGCCUACGUAUGAUUCUGGAUUCGUAACAGGUCAAGCUUACCAGCCGCCUCCCGCCCAACCAGCUGCUCCCAACCUGGCAAACUUGGUGGGCCAACUCGACAACACCACGCUCCAGAAGCUUCUUAGCAGUAUGAGUGCACCUCAGCAACAAACUGCACCUGUUGCAAUGGCGACAAAUCCGGCGGUCGAUCUUGCUGGACUACUAGGUGGUCUCAAGGCCCAGCAGCCCCAGCAGCCCCAGCAGACCUACCCCCCAACUCCGGAUCCGUAUGCUAGCCUUGCAGGAAACCCGGCACUGUCAUCUUUGCUAGGAAACGGUGUUUCUCAACAACAACAAGCACAGCCUCAGCAAUCUGCACAGCAAGUUCAGAAUAUUAUGGCUCAGCUUGCUAGAUUUCGGCAGUGA